UUUAAAAGGAGGCCUAUGGACGGAGGGAAAGCAGACACUGAGCUGAGCACCUGCUGAGCACAUCAACAGCAAGAGACAAAUACACUGCAAGACAAACUCCUCUUAACUGUCACCAUGAAGACCACACUCGCCAUCAUCGCUGUCCUCGUCCUGGCUCUCGGCUGGACUUCUGAAGCUGUGCAGGUUGAAGAGAAUGGAUUGUCUUUCUCUCUGGAAGCCAUCAAGAGGCUCCAGGAGCUGACAGAGAGCAGCGGUGCGACCGGACAACAAAGCCCACGACUCAGGGCAAGCACCGUGUCCCUCUGUGCCGACCCUAUGCUCCCACAGGAGUUCCUGCCCCUCUGUAAGCAGAGAGGAGCAUCUGCAUCCCUCGCCAGACUAGCUAUGGUUCCCAUGGACGUCUGUGAGAUCUGCGCCUUUGCUGCCUGCACCGGCUGCUAAACAAACCCA